GUUUCCCCACACGCCGACGCCAUUUUGUCGCGCCCGGCAUGUACCUCCAGCACGAGAUGUACACGUUCACGUCACGGUCCGUGGCCGAGCCCGAGACGCCGGUCCCGCUUCUCGCGCGGGGCAGCAUGGCGGCCAUGCGCGCGCGCUUCCAGCUCGAUGUUGUGCUCGAGCACGUGCACAUUUCGCACCACGUGCAGCUCACAGACAAGGAGCUUCGCAUCACGUUCCAGCGCGAUGCCAAGCACAUCAACUCGGACCCUGCGAUUUGGAAGAACAACAUGGCCGAGUUCCGACAAGUUGUCGGGCUCCAGUCGACGCUCACACGCGCGGACAGGUCGUCGUCGUCGUCCGCGACCACGUUUGAGCCCAAGCUGUACCACUUCAUCGUCACCUCGCUGCCGUCGCAGACCCAAGUCGCUCACUUUGAGCUCGACAUUGCGCUGUACCUGAACAAGUCGCUCACCUUGUCGCUGCCAGCGCUUCCGUCAUCCAAAGAACCCUCGGCCCGCCUCUCGCUCAACAUCAAGUGCCACAUCGUUGACCGCAACAACAAUCCCACAAAGAAGCAGCGGGCUGACACGGCCACCGCGGCUGACCUUCGCGGCUCGACACGCCUUGUGCGAGAUCCCUUUACGGAUGGCCCAUUGCGCCAUUCCAAGGCGCCACCAUCGCUUGUGCGGUCCAGCACCCUUACCGACUCGUCGUCGACGAUGAACAACGGAGGAAUUCAAGACACAUUUAGCGAGUACUCGGACGACGGCCACGCGUCCAUUGAGCGCCUCACGCGGCAACUUGAGGGCCAGCAACGCAAGGUUAAGAAGCUCCAGGCAUCCCUGACACUCGCCGAGAAAAAGAUGGAUGGCCUACAGUUCGAGCUCGACGAACUUCAAGUGCGCGAAGACGGCGAGACGCAGCAUGGUCUCCAACUACGGACGUGGAACCUCACGCUGCUUCAAGAGUUUGAGAUUCUCAAGCUCCAAUUGGUGCAAGACGCUAUUGCAACCGCCGGCUCGCUCGAGCCUGCGUACGAUCACAUCCACAAGAUCCACGAAUUGACUCGCGCCGCCUACGUAUUUGAACCAGAGACCACGAUCGACGAGAUUCGCAAUGACUCGCUCGAGGACGACGACGACGAGGAUGAAAGCGAGUUUGGCAAGCACUCGCUGAGCUCGAGUCACCGUGAGAUCGACUCCAACUUUAACUUUGACCCUGAAGUCGAGUGGAGCGGAGGGUCCCCAAAGAACGACGACUCGAUCGUGCUGGAAGAGAUGAGCUUUACGACGUUAGCUCACGAUCCACCGCCGUUCGCGCCUUGUGUGCUAGCCGAGGACGGCAACCACGUCCUCAUCGACGAGUUGCGCAACGUCUUGAAGCGCAACCAGCGCCUGCAGCAAACGACAGAGUUUUUGCUCGUCGCACUCCAGCCAGCAGGCUCAACGGGAGAUGCGCCACUGCCAGACCCAAUCCCAGUCGCAGUGCCAGCGCUCCCGAAAGAACUCGACCCGCUCGGCCUUGUAUUGGACCGCGACCUGGACUUGAACGUGCGCCUCAAGCAGCUCCAGGAUGAAAACGCAAAGUUGCGCGCAGAUCUCGAACAACUCCAAACCCAAAUGCAGCUGCAGCAAGGCCUUGGUCGACUGAACGCGGUCAUUGCCGAAAAGAACGAUCUCGCUGCCAAAGUCAAGUCGCUCGAAGCCGCGCUCGCCUCCGCACCCUCUCCCGAGGCGUUCCAGAAGCUCGAGACCAACCUCGUGUCAGCACUGACUACGGUCGCGACGCUGGAGAAGCGCGCCCAGGAGCUCGAGCGGUGUCCGCCACCGACGCCAACUCCUACGCCAGCGGCACACUCGCAUCAUGUACCAGCGAGCCCUGUGCGCUCGGAAAUGGCCACCGAGUCUAUGAAGCACAUGCAAACGCUCAAGCAAGAAAAUCUCGCCAUGAAGUUUCGGCUCACCACGCUGGAGCCGCUCCAAGAAAAAUACGAGAUUGCAGAGAAGGAGCGCAAGCGACUGAGCUUGCGAUUGCAGCAGUUCGUGGCCGACGACAGCACGGACGCGGUCGGACCGCGGUCCCGGCAAAAUACGAUGGACAAAACCCACGACGACGUGCGCCCGGACGCCCUCACGCGCCAGCGCAUGGCCGGCAUGGACAUGCAGAUCAACGUGCUCAACGAGCUCCACCGGACGCAGACGAUGCAGAUCCAGCACAUGGAGGAAGACUACGCCAAGGUGCGCGCCGACUUUGUGGCCCACAUGAAAGAGAUGCAAGACGCGAUGGCGGCACUCGCCAAAGAGCACACGCUGCUGCAAACACCCGAGGGUCGCCGCGCCGCGCUCGCGCACCCGCUCGCGUAAAAGCUCUUGUAGUAUGUCCCUGGUGGCAAAGGUCGUGUAGAGAAAAGUUGACGUAGAAUUAAAUACUGAUAGAUAGAUGGAGCGAGGGACAAUGGAAGGACCUCGACUUUUGUACAA